UUAAUUUAAGCUUCUGUUCAGAUGCUUCUAACUUUCACUGGUUUUCCUUCUUUUUCCUUCUAUAAUUUAUCAUUUAUAUGAAAUGCCCAGGAUUACAGGAACAAAAGCUGCUUUCAUUCAGGCAUCAGCACAGGGCAGGGACAGAUAUUUAUCCUCUGGUGUUUUCAGUUUGGUCUAUUUGGAAACAGAAAGCCUGCUCCAGGCUUUAUUCCUGCCAAGACAUGAGUUGGUGGUUAAGGUGUGGUUCACUUUCAGUUUCAUUUUGACAUUCUGAUUUUGGAUCCAAUUAAAAAUAGGAUGUGGUGAGCUUCCAAACACAUAUAUCUUUUUUAUUUCCAAGGUUCCCCGAGCUGGUUACUCACUCUCUGACAACAGCUGCAAAUUUAUGACUUCUAGGUGGAAAUAUGCCAUUGUCAAGAAAGCAUAGUGCUGUGAAAAGUUUUUGCCCCCCUUUUGAUUUCUUUUUGCAUAUUUAAGCCACUUAAAUGUUUCAGAUUGUGAAACAAAUGUGAUAAUUAAGAUGACCAAAAUGCUGUUUUUAAAUGAUGAUCAUUUCCUAAGAAAUAGAAGUUAUCCAAACGUAUUGAGGCCCGUGUGAAAAAGUAUCCCCAUAAUCCCCAAGGUUUAGUUUCAAUUUCACUGGUUACUGCCAGGCCUGUUGAAUCAAGACUCUACUUAUAUAGAACCUGUCCAAUAAACCGAAGGAGGCUAAAGCAUCUCAAAAAGCAACACAUCAUGUCACAAUCUGAAGAAAUGGUUUGUCAGCCUGGAGAGACAAAGACAUUUCUAAGGCUUUGGGACUCCACUGAACCACAGUGAGAGACAUUGUCCGCAAAUGGAGAAAACGUGGAACAGUAGUGAACCUUCACAGAAACAGACAACCUACCAAAUGCUCUUACUCCAAGAGGGCACCAACGACUCAUCCGGGAGAUGCAACAUCUAAAGAACUGCCACAAAAGCCUUAUCUUCUCGAAGAGUGGUGGAAUGGACUUGGAGAAAGAAUUCGACCACGGCCGAUACGUUUUUACCCUUAAUCGUUUAAAUCAUCAUUUAAAAAUUCAUUUGAGUUAUCUUUGUCAUAUUCGUAUGCAACAAAAAGCUAAGACAUUAUGAAGGCGUGAAUACUUUUUCACGUGGGCCUGACAAAUAGACGACACAAAAAGGUUAUUCUUUAGAUUUGUUAAGAAGGUGAAGCCGGUCAGACUAGUAACCGGCCAUGUUCAGCUUUGCUGUGGUAACCUACUUUCGGUUUGCACACAGUUUGGCAAAGAACGCUUUCUGAUAAUGUUUAGCCUGGUAGAGGUUACCACCUUGAGUCAGUUACAAGGGUGGAGCUUUAGUUUCAGCUUCAGGUUUCUGUGCUAUAACUUUGCCCUGUUAAAAGGUAGACGUCAUUGCUUAGUUCUGUUACUGCUGCAGCUUUAAAAUGAAUAAAAAGAUCACGUUUUUGUCUACCACACCACACAAAGAAAAGGAUGUACCUGAGUGUCUUCUUGGCAUUUUUUGGCAUUUACAAUUCUUUAUGAUAAGAAAGGGGGGACAAAGAGCAAAGGGAGUGGCAUGCUCCACAUUGGAUCCUUGCCUACUGGAAUAGCCUUUUGGCAUACCUGCUUAACCCACCGAAUUACACAGAGGCCCAACUUUAAUUCCUCCACCCCCUCGUUUUGUCUUUACCCACAUAUUUCUUAACCUCAAAUGUGUUGUGUGUGUUUAUAUUACUCAUCCUGUGUGAAACGGAAAUCUCUCCGAAAGCAUCAAACACAAAAAAUCAAGUUGGUUAACUUAGUGUAAUGAUAAGUCUCAAGGAAAUAAAUGUAGGCCAGUGCGACAUUAAUUACAGACACAUUACUUUCUGUAAAACGAACGCAUUGUUUUUUAAAAUGCCUUCCCUCUAUUAUGUAACUGUGUGGAUCAAGCUUGAUAUGAAUGGUAUGAGCGUGAUGUAAAUGUGUCUGGCAACAAGGCACAAUCUAUUUGGUUUAUCUGCCUGGCUGCGGCGCGGUGGAGGUGGAGCAGGUACUUUCCACUCCACUGUUGAAAACUACCCAUGUUUCCUUGUCAAUUCCAAAGGCCUGGCAGUGAACGCUGAUGCUGUUUUUCGGUUGUCUUAAGGUGGUCACAGAGCAGAAACUGAACAACACCUCACUGUGAUCCCCAAAAGGCAAACUAUGAACAUACAGUAUUUAGCAUACUGUUAGCAAUGGAUAGAAAACAAUGUCAUAGUUGUAGAAUGUAGAAAAGGGAUGAAUAUUAAUGAUAAUAAUAUUAAUAAGAAAAUUAAACAGUAAGAGAUUAAAGCAAAAUGUGAUCCAUUUUAGAGCUACUGAUGCCUGUUGUCCCGUCCAAAAUCAAGCUUUAGAUUUGAGGUGAAGUGCAGUUAUAUCUUAAGAUCUAAAGACACUUCCAAUGCAGGAAUGAGGGAGAAUAUAGUUCACCUAACUAAAACAACAAGCUUUAACCUCCUAAGACCCAAACUCUUUCAUUGCAUGCAUUUUUAAUUUCUCUUUGCUAUUUGGGCUGAUUGGGACCUGAUGAAUGUAAAAACAAAUAAUUACGUAAUUUAAAAAAAACUUACUUGAUUUUUUUUUCUGAGAAAAAUGACAUCCACAUAUGAGGAGAUUGGCUUUAAAUUUCGAUAGAACAGUGGCAGUAUAAUGUCCUCGUAAUUAGAUAUCAGGCCCUUGUAAAACAAAAUGUAGUAUUUUGGUCUAGACAACCCAAAAUGUGAUGUCCACAUAUGUGGAUGCCAGGUCCUAGGAGGUUAAUUAAAAGUCCAUCAAAACAUGCCAUGCAGGCUACAUGAAGCUAAGUAGCCUGCAAAAUAGUUGAGCCCCCUUUUAACGCUCAUGUUGCCAGGGGAAAAACAAAAACAAAGGGAUAUUUGAGGAUGUUGUGGCGACUGUAACGCACGGUGACCUGUUUGCUUUACAUCACCCUUGUUCCUCAUUAUAAACCGGUCCCUCGUGGCGCAUCUCUUGAACGUUUUCUUUGCUUCUUCCGUUGUUGUUAAAACAGACCUAAAACAGAUGCAGGGUGCACUCUGCACACAGAACCGCCCUUUAACGGCUUGGUGCGUUUGGUAAGGCAUGUUAGGCAAAGUGAAAGCAAAAGCAUUGUGAGCCACAGCAGGUUGGGCGCUCUCAGUGUAUAGGUCAUCUGAGGAUAUAUGCAGCGGCUGAUGGAACUUCUAUGAGACACACAGACUAUACAUCACAUCAGGGCGUUUACAGGACCUGAGCAUCACCCAGAGAGACCCGACAGAUGUCAAGAUGCUGGAAGUGGAUCCCAAUCCCAUCGCAGUCCCUUUGGACUUGGCGGAUCUGUUGAUAGAUAAUUUGGAUGAUGAUAUAAAUGAAAAAUUGCUGGAUGUUGAUUCCCUCUUUGACUACUUAGAACUCAACGACAGCCUUACUCAUCCAUGGACCUUUGAUGACCUCCCCACAGCAGCUGAGGUACCCAUCGCCAACAGCAUUGAGCAGAUACAGGAACCCAAAGCAAAAGGCCAAUCACGAAGGAGAAAAAGACCGAGAGAUUCUCAGCCACAGCCAUGCUCGGAUGAAAGGCCCAAAGCAAAACGGCCAAAACCAUCAGGUCAACCAAAAACCAAAGAGUCACAGGCUGAGCCAGCUGUUGAGCCAGGCAGUCAUCCCGCAUCAGGGCCAAGUCCAGCAAAGACUUUACCGAUGUCCACCGCCACUCCACCAAGAAUUUUUCGCGUUUACCCUUCCCAAACAAGCUCUGCGAUUCCCAUUCAGUUUAUCACUAUCUCAGAUUCCGCAGGAAAUCCAGUCCAGCUUUCUCCUCCUCCUCCGCUCAUUAGGUUUCCACUCCCCCGCAGCGCCACUACACCUACAUAUAUAUUAGUUCCUACUGUGUCACCACCCUCUAAAUGCCAAUUACCACCACUCUCCCCAGUCGAUGGCACAGUCGCUCCAGUCCAAAUGAGUUCGUCCCCACUGGGUUCUCUGUCAGAAACAGCUAGCAAAGCCAUGUCUCCCCCUUGUACCUCACCUGUAUCCCCAGGCAAUGAAAUGUCUCCAUGUAAGGAAUCACCUCUUCCUCAGUCUCCCAAGGUCCUUGAUAUUCCACAGAAUGUCAAGGACUACAUUCAAGAAGCCAAAGCUCACAUGAGUCAAACCUACCAGGAUAUGGAGGCGGGCCUCAGCCUGUCUUCUCAUUAUGUAGAUGUUCAAGUGAGCCAAAGAGAGGUAGUUCGCUCUGGGAAAAAUACAAACAAAUGCCUGGACAAGGAGCUAGUCAUCAAGGGAGACACAGAUCGGCAAAAAACCAUGCUGGCACUCAGUCAGAUCUUUGAUGGUUCAAAUGGAGAAAAAUCCAGACGUUACAUUUUGCUGCUUGGCAAUGCCGGCAUGGGAAAAACCACUCUGAUCAAGAAGCUGUGUAUUGAUUGGUCCAGAGACUGCAUCCCUCAGUUUGACUUUGUAUUCCUAUUGGAUGGCAAAAAGCUCAGUGUGACAGAGCCGGUCUACAGUCUUCAGACACUCCUGCUCAACCUCUCCUCCUCUGCCCCAUCCUGUGUGGACCCAGAAGCAGUGUAUGCUCAAAUCCUGGCAGCCCCUAAACGUGUGCUCAUCAUUUUUGAUGGUUUUGAUGAAUUGCGGAACUAUGAAACUCUACUUCAAGCUCAGGAAAAAGACCUAACAGCUUCACUGCAAAAAGACAGCAAGGCAAAGACUUUCACAGUAAGGCAGUUGUAUUCUGCCAUUCUUCAAAGGGUCCUGCUUCCAGGCUGCACUCUUCUACUCUCCACCCGGCCACGGGGAACUGCCAGCCAGCUGCUCAGGCGUACAGACAGCCUUCUGGAGAUGUGUGGGUUUACCCCAGCAAAUGUGGAAACAUAUCUGUCCCAGUACUUCUCUGAUCCUGGCCUCAGAGAAUCAGCUUUGGAGAGUCUAAAAAGCAUGAGCUACCUAAAUCUCGUUUGCUGGAACCCCGGACUAUGCCGGCUGGUGUGCUUGAUUUUAGAGCAGUCUAGAAGUGUGGAUGUCCUGCCAAGAACUUUAACUGGGCUCUGUCAUCAGGUGCUGUGUUUAAAAAUGGAUAAAGACGGCAGGAGUACUCCCACACACACCGAAGCUCAAGCACAAUCCAUAAGAGACACUGAGACACAAAUUUCAAAUACCUCUCAGGCGAAGAAAUGUUCGAAAAAUAAUCAGGGGAAGUCCAGAACGCAGGCACGCACUUCCUCUCGCACCCAAAGGGCAAAAAAGGCACAAGAACAGGAAGCGCAAGCAGACAAAGUGGAUCAGGAUCUCAGGAGCAGUGGUGGAGAAGCUGUAACGGAGGACUUUGACUUGUUGUCCCAGCUGAGCUCUUUAGCCUGGGAAGGGGUCAAAGCCAACUCUUCCAUCCUUCCCACAGGACGGGACAUAUCUGGCAAAGUCAAGGCAUUUGGUCUGAGAACAGGCCUCUUUCUCUCUCAUCAGCUGAGAGCGAGUCCAUGCCUCUCAAAUAGUACCAAGGAGGAAGGAGAAAAUGAGACAGAAGCUGGAGAGACAGAACAGAGGACUGAAAACAGUGAAAGGACCACCAAUGAUUUAACUGAUCACCAAAAUGACCAGAUCCUCUUAUGGGCCAACCCUUUCCUUCAGAGUUACAUUGCAGGAGUACAUCUGGCUUUGUCAAGGACUUUAACAGACCGGUCCUUUCUCCAGACCCUCCCUUUCCAGUCUGGAGGGAAAGGUCGUCGGCGACCUCAAAGGGAGGAACUUGAGCUCACUCAGCGAUUUGCAGUUGGCCUCUUGUUCCACAAUAGGACAGAACUGCAGCGAUUCCACACGCAUACAGAGACAGCCUUUAGAGAUAUGGUGGCUAACAAGCAGGGGUUGGUAACAAAACACCUGGAAGGGCUUUCUUACGCUGACCUUACUCCCUCCCAAAUCUUGGAGGCAUGCCACUACGUCUACGAGGCGAGUUUUACUCACAGUGAUGGUGGCCGAGAAGCUGGCAGGACUCGGCUGGUGACACACCUAGCAGCAAAUCUUCCAGAGUUCCUGACGUUUCAUGGAGUUCAACUAAGCCCGCCAGAUGUGUUCACUGUUCAGAAAGCACUUGAACAGGGGGGAACUGAAGGCAGACGUUUCUGUUUGGACCUGGAGGACUCUGGCAUCCAGAUCUGUGGACUUCGAGCUCUGGUUGGCCUCAACAACAUCAACACAUACAGGUCAUGCAUUGCUGACGCCAUCACCCUCUGGGAGCUGCUGGAGCAGAGUGACGAAGAAAGUCUCCUCCAGAGGGCAGUGUCCAAGUUCACAAUCCAUCCUUUGAAAGCUAAACAGGUGUGUCAUAUAGAGCACCUGGAAAAGCUGGUGAACAUACACAUUCACAAGAGGCUAUCAGACAGCUCCAGCGAGUCUCACUCCAUCCUGUCCGAGGGAGUGCCAGCAGUUAAAGAGCUACACAAGCUGGAGUUUGAACUUGGUCCAGAUAAUGGUCCUCUGGUUCUUCCGAAGCUGUGGGAUCUCCUGCCAGGGCUGCAUAACCUACAGCACUUGGACUUAGAGAACAGCAAGAUCGGGGACAAAGGAGCAGAGAAGCUGGCCAGUGCUUUAGUCUCACUCCCUUCUUUGGAGAUACUUAAUCUAUCACAGAACUGCAUAGGAGACGAGGGUGUGAAGAAGUUAGCAGCCACACUGAAGGACCUGCCUAAUCUGCACUGUUUAAGUGUCUACAGCAACAUGAUUUCUGAUGAAGGGGCAGAGAGUUUAGCAGCUGUUCUCCCACACAUGGCUUCCCUCACUGACCUUGACGUAAAGUUUAACAAACUAACAGAUGUCGGCGCACAGAGCUUAGGAGCCAGCCUAAGAAACUGUACAAAAGUUAAGACUUUAAGGAUGUGGAACCAGUGCAUCCCCUUCGGUGUGCUUGAGAGACUCAUUCAGCAGGACAGCCGCAUCCGAUUGCACUAAAAUGCAAUACCUCUCUACAAGCAUAUGAACUGUUUUCAUCAUGCAUCUCAUGAUGUAUACUUAAAUUGCACAAUACAUUUUCAAACGUGUGUGCUUGCAAGGAAAGGACACAAACAAAUUAUUAUGUGAAACUUGAGAUUGCACUACAACUGACGUACUUGCUGCUUGUUCUCUGCUGCUGGUUCUUCAUAACAUUCCACUAUCUGCAUUACAAAGUGUGUGUGUGUGAGUGUGUGUGUGUGUGUGUGUGUACUGUUUUUCAGUACUUUCAACUUCAAAAAGCACAAUUGCACUUUUAUAGUCACCCUUUGUUAUUAAAGGUGGCUGGUUUUUUUCUUCUUUAUAGUUGUCUGUCCAAGUUUUUGCCAUUAUCUGCCUUUAGGUGCCUUUAUUCGUGUAUUUGUGGUGCUGUGUGUGUGUGUGUGUGAGAGAGAGAGAGGGGGGGAGGAUAACGGUGUUUUUCUGGCUAUAAAUUAUACAGUACUGAUUGUUGGUUACUUUUAUAAUAAUAAAAUGCUUUGACACUCACCCUACUACUAUUUUUAUAGUGUUUUCUUUCCACUGAUGCCCCUGUGUUCACUGAAUUCAAUGGGUUUUUUGAAAAAAAACCUUCUUUUCACUUCCUUCACUGCAUGUUUCUGUUCUCCAUUUCGAUGCAAACUGACCUUUAAGAACGUCAGUCUCUGCGUGCGCACUCGACGAAGUGAUAAAAAACAAAAUUACAUUUGUUAGAUACUUCAUUACUAAUCUCACACGUGAAGCAUGAAUUGUUGGUAAUGAAAGAACUGGGUCGAGAUUGAAUCUCAACAAAUAGAAAGGGAAAAUACUGGAUUCACAUUAUGAAUAGACCUGAAAGUAAGCAAAUAUCCAUCUACAGUUCCUGGCAGCACUGCUUCUCGGAGUCGAAUCAAAUAACAGGCCGUCACAUCUGGCCGUUAUCACGCAGAGCGUACUCCCACCACGCUUUGCAAAUUCUAACAAAUCUGAACACUUAGCAUUGUUGGGGAUUUCCAUCAUCGAAUUGUGGAGACUUCAAAGAAUUCCCACAAUUUGAAGCCACUGCUGCUGUUCUCUGUUGCACUCACUCCCUCUUGUGGUUAAAAAGCAAUAUGACAUCACGCUGAUGCACAUGAUUAUUAAUAAAACCCUCACACCUGCAGAAAUACACAAGCUGAUGGUUUAAAGAAAGAGGCUACAAGCUGGCAUUCGCUCAAAGUUUAUUAAAUACACAAUGGAAAAUAAAACUCUACAGUUCAUUUGAGCAUGUGCAUGUCUGCAAAGAAGCCGAUGCGGUGGGACGACACAAGCACAGGUUGUAUGUUUCCCGCGAGAUGAUGAUGAUGAUGGUGGCCCUGAACAGGGUAGCAUGCCUGGGAAACAGCAUGGCCACUGACUUUUGUACAAAAUUAGGAAAUCUGUUACAGCUUCAGAUGCUACUGUUUUCAUACCAAAACUAAGAAGCACUGUUGUACUGACAUUGGUCAAUGAAAAGAAAGCCGCCUGCUAACAUUGUUUACAGCAUGAGACAGCGAGAUUACACACUUCCUUAAAUAUUAUCUCCUAUUCACAGCCUUACCUCGUAUUGAUUCUGUUCCUGUUUGAUUAAAUUCCACAUAAACGUAUGGAAUACACACAGUAUUCAUACUAUAUAUUUUAUUAGUAUCCUGAGUUUUAGUGCCCUGUGGUCUAAAUACUGUUUCCAAACACAUGUUUUCCCUCCAAAAAAACUUAGCUAUGGACAUCUUGACAAAAACAACUACCAAAAUAUCACCAAGGCCUUAACCCACAUAAAAAACGAUUUGGUAUCAGGUAUCAAUGAUCGGCUUUUUGUUAAACUCUGGUGCCAACUCUCUGAAAAACAUUCUUAAAUUACUUUGUUUUCAUCCAUGUUCUUGAAUCACAGCAAGACUCUGUAUUCCCUUUUUCCCUAUUAGUUAAUUACACAGUGUGGCUGUGGAUUAUUAUCUCCCUAUAUUGAGUGCUGACGAGGGAAAAUACCAGCACCAGCAAUCUCGGUGAAAAGCUGCCUAGCAAAAUAUAGACAAUUUAUAUUUACUUUCUCCCCAUCCACAAUUGGCCAAGCUCAUGGAUGAAAUGGUUACCUGUGAACCAUUUCAUUUGUAUAACUAUGUAACUGAUCCAUUGCUUGAAUCCAGUUUAUUAUUGCUCUUGAGAAUAUACACUUCAUAAAAAGCAGCUCUAAAUUUGUGACAGCACAAGCAGGAGAACACAAGGAAUUAAACAGCUGGCUCAAAAUCCUCUGAAGACGGUCAGCAUAAUGCAUCUCGUCUCUCAGUAAAUUGUUGUUUUUUU